AUGGAGGAUCCAUCUCUCAAGAACGAAACAUUCCUGGCUGUGGCAGAGAGGUAUCUUGAAGAAAAUGGCUCUGAUGCUCUGGAGAAACUUAUUGCAAACAAGCAACUUCCUACUUAUCAUGAUGAAGCAGGAAAGCUUACCCCCAGCCAGGUGCUUCAGCUGUUGUUUCUAGCUCCCUGUACUAGAGAAUGUGAAGGGAGUGGUUCUGUUUGGGAAGAUAUCAAAGUGAUGGAGCAUAUGGCAAAACAUGAAGCAGCUGAGACCAAACAGGGAUAUCCAAUUCAGAUUGAGAAGAAAACGACAGGAGUGCAGAUCAAGGAAAUGGUAGUUCCAGCAGAUGCUGAAGAGAUUAAACUUCCAGAGAUUACUUCUUCAAAGCAAGUUCAGACAGAGUGGACUUGUGCAGUAUGCCAAUUGACAACCACCUCAGAGCAAAACUUGAAGUCCCAUCUUAACGGAAGGAAACAUAAAGCAAGGUGUGAAGGGCUUGUUGCUCCCAAACGCAGACGCAAGUAUAAGCGCGGUCGUAUAAGUAAUAUAGGUUUUUUAAGUCCAGAUAUCGUAUCCACAAAGACUUAG